AUUUGUUCUCUAAACGUAAGUUCACCGAUCAUUUCGUUCGUCUGUGUGCUGUAGUCUCAUUUUUGCUCAUGAGUGCUCAAGUUUUUGGGCGUUUCUCCUCACAGUUUUCUCUCUCUCAUUUUCAACUCGAGACUUGGAUAUUUUUGGUAAACAUGAGCGAAUUGCAUAGCUGAUCGAUUAUCUACGCAAAAAUAACGACCUUCUCUGUAAUUCAACCACUUUUAUUUAUUUAUUUAUUUAUUUUAUUGCCGCGUUCUCAAAAACUCUGUGGGCAAGUUUGACAAUGAUCGAUCCGAUGCAGCACAGACCAGGAAGUGUUGCUUACGAGAACAGUGAUUCACACCGUCCAUCCCAAGUUUGCGAGGAAACCAGGACUGACACAUUUGAAAGAUGGCUGAGCAGCUACAAAAGCUUGUUGCACAGAAGAAGGAUACUGUCGAGACUGUCAUGGAAGUGUUUGAGCAGGGCGCGGAAGUGGUGGCCAGCAUUGCUGGAGAUCUGUUCCCUGUUUUCUCCAUCGCAGCCCCUAUUGUGAAGCUGGCGUUGGAUAACGUGGAAAGCAAAGAAGCCGUGUACAUGAAGGAGCAGUUCCAGAAGGUACGAGACCGCCUGGAAGUCGUUUCUGAGGAGAUCCAGCAGAUAAACGAGGAAAUCAAGAAAAGCGGGAUAGAUGCCACCUAUUUCUCAGUGGAGGAGAACAUGACCAACCAAUUCCGCAAAUUUAUGGACGUCCUUAAUGCGAAGCCUAAAUUCCGAGAAGUCAGGAAGAACGAAUUCCUGAAGCACUUUGCUAGGGUAGAUGGUGACAAAAACUUGCACAUUCUGUAUAAUGCCAUAACAGGAGAUAACUUUUCUGGAGAGUCUGUGCUGGAGAUCAUUCUGAAUUAUGAGCAGAAAAGCCGCAGGGUGGUGGAGGAUUUCUGCGCUAGACUGAAGAAACUGUUUUGCAUCGGUUUGAUCGCCUUUCUUGGAUACACAGCACUGAAAGGAGAUGAUGACGAAAAGGUGCUUCAACAGUGGAAUGAAAACAUGAAAGUAGUCCAGUCAAAAAUGAAUGUCGUUAUUGAAGACUGCAUCAACAGCUUCCCGGCGCAGGCCGAGAUGGAUUCCAAACGUAUCGUGAGAGACCACAGCGACAAGAGCAACCAGCAACUGGCUGACAUGAUAGUAGAGCACUAUAAAAAGAAGUACGACUGGGUGUGCUGGUCAGUCCGCAUCUUUAACUCGCCCACAGGCCUGUUCACCAACAAGAAAGACUUCCAGUGUUUGGCAGGAAAGAGUCGGUUUCAGGUGCAGGCAUCAGAUGAGAAGCUAAAUGUUGUGAUCUCCUACAGCUCCUCGCCUGAACCCAUAGAUAAAGCCCGGAUACAGAACCUGAUCUCGGAACAGAAGAAUCCCAAGGUGAUAGCUGUAACGGAGCAGCUUUUUGAGACAAUUCCCCUCUGUGUGGUCCAUACAGUCAAGACCUCAUGCAAAGACAUGGGCUUCUCCUGUAGCUUUUCUGAUGAGCUGCACUACUAUAAAGAGUUUAAGAACUUCUAUGUCUUUCUUCAUUCUGCUUAAAGCAGGCAUGGAAAUACCAUAGUCAACAGCUAAGCCGAAGUGUUCACAACAUGAUAUUUGAUCAAACAUAUGGACCAAAAUAAUUACACUCUAAGGACAAUUUUUACAGGGCUGAAACAUAUUUUAAUGACAAUUAAGUUGUAAAACUAUGACUAAUAUACUAUAUUAAUUAGGAAAGUAGUACACUUUAUUUGUGUUUGUUUUCUAAAGUUGUAACAACACUUUUAAUAGAUCAGAUUUGUGCUUUGUCAUGGUAUCUAUUGGGUGAUGGAUCAUUUUUGGAACUGAGAUUGUAACACAAAAGUUUGAAUUCAGAUAGAGGUGGCUCAGACUAGUUUUGUACACAAAACUUCACAAAGCUCCAAUCAGACUGUCCAACUACAAUAAAACUUCUGGGGGUCGGGGAAGAAAUAAACACUGUAUAUGCUAGUUUCAUGGCUUUAAAUCUUUGAAAGAUAUUCAGAGUUUUGUUUGACACAUUUAGUAACAUGCAGUCGACAUAUUCAUGAGAAGAAUUGUAUAUUACGCUUUGUGUUCGGAGUUAUGUCUGAAAUAAUCAGUACUUCGAAUAUUUGGAUGGAAAUAAAUUCUGAUCGCAAAGUCUACACACAUUUAAUACUCGUUUGUUCUGUGUUUUCUGUACAGCCGCUCAUGCAGACUUCUGCUCCAUAUUUUUAAUGUUUUUUUUUUGUUAUUUUUCACUGGUCUAUUACUGUGGUGACAUCUCUGUCAGAUUUACCCUCCCCUAUUUGGCAUGUAACAACAAAGCGAACUGUGGUUGGUUGCUUUACAUGUCAGUCAGAUGGUCUUUUCCUGUCCAAGUAGGCAGUUCUUGGCCCCUGUAAUUAAAGUUUAAAAGAAAAAAGGCUGUGAAAGUAGACACUAGACUUGACUGAGCACCCAUUUGAGCCCACACACAGUGUUGUUCCAAAGCUGAAAAAAAAAAAAGUCUAUAGUUUAGUGGUGGUCAGCAAAAACGUUCCUAUAUUUCAGAAAAAUGUCUUUGCAGGUUGAAUAUUAGUCAACAUGAGAUCAAAAUGGACCCUGCUUACUUUCUUAAUACCUAAUUCUGGUCUUGUUUAGCACAAUUCAUUGGAGCAUAUUAUUUCAAAGAAAAAAUAUUUGCUUCAUAUUUAUCAAAAUGUAAUUAAUUGCUCUGCUUCUAAAAUGCCUUUGCUUUUUAUUUGAAGUCAGUUGAGUUCCAACCAUCUGACUCCAUUUUGGUAUAUAAUGCCCACUUUUGACAAUCCAAUCAGUUUCUGGUGGAUAAAAUCAAGUCCCGCCCUACAUUUUGUUGUUGUUGUUGUUGUUGAAAAUGUUGUUUCACUGAACUUCAUUUCAUGUUAUGACAUGCCUUUUUUUUUUUUAUAUGUUCCUUGAGGUUUAAUUAUAAUAAUAGUAAAGUUGUUUGCACAAAAACAUUCAUAUAUUUGUAAAACAUGAUCAUUUUCCAUCCUUAUUUUGACCCUCUGUCAGAAACACUCUGUUUUGGUGCUGCUUCUCCUUUAAGACUUGACAGUAUACGCCCACUGUUAUGAUUGGCUCUCUGAUCUUGACUAUUUCCAACCUCAUACUGUAUAGCAAGGAAAUUUACACUACAAUUUCUCCUGCACUCAAAAACUAAUUUUAAGAUUUACACAUUUCAAUUGAAUAGCAAAAUUCCAUCAAAUUGUAAUCUUUAAAAAAAAAUAAAAAAAAAUCAAUUUAAUUCAGUAAAAAAAUAAAAUGUAAAUGCGUAAAUCUUACAAAUAGGCAAAAAUAUUUUUUGAUUUUGUUGUUUAAUAAAUCAAACAAUAAAUCAAUGUUUUUAAGUGUUGUGUGUCAAACAUUUUUACUGUUCAAGUAUUCAUGUUAGAGACACAGAAUCAUCCAGUCCACACCCCAUUAUUAGAUUUGGACACUUCAAUGAU